AUGAAGCUGUCGCUCAUCACAAGCGCCACAGUUGCAGGUCUUUUGGCACAGGUUGUCAAAGCUGCAACCCCGGAUGAAUGGCGCUCACAAUCUAUUUAUUUCCUUCUCACUGAUCGAUUUGCUCGAACGGACAAUUCGACCACUGCAGAGUGCGAUCUUCAAGCACGCCAAUACUGCGGAGGAUCAUGGCGAGGAAUUAUCAACCAGUUAGAUUAUAUCCAGAACAUGGGAUUUACGGCCAUUUGGAUCACUCCUGUUACUGAGCAGCUACCUCAAUCUACUGGAGAUGGAACGGCUUUUCACGGCUACUGGCAACAAGACAUUUACUCUAUCAAUUCGAACUACGGUACAGCGGAAGACUUGAAAGCUUUGUCUACAGCUCUCCAUGCUCGUGGUAUGUACCUCAUGGUUGACGUCGUGGCAAACCACAUGGGCUACGCUGGUGCUGGCACAGACGUAGACUACUCUGUUUUCAAUCCUUUCAACAGCCAAAGCUACUUCCAUCCUUACUGCCCAAUCAUCAAUUACUCCAACUUUACCAUGGUUGAACAAUGCUGGGAAGGCGACAAUACUGUCUCGCUUCCAGAUCUCAAUACCGAAAGCACAGAGGUGCAGAAUAUCUGGUACAGCUGGAUUCCGGAAUUGGUCUCAAACUACUCCAUUGAUGGUCUCCGCCUUGACUCGGCGCUAGAAGUUCAAAAGGACUUUUGGCCAGCCUGGGUCAAGGCAGCUGGCGUCUACUGCGUUGGCGAAGUCUUCAAUGGCGACGCAACCGUAGCAUGCCCGUACCAAAACUAUCUCGACGGAGUCCUCAACUACCCAACGUACUUCCCCAUGAUUCGCGCCUUUGAGAGCACUAGCGGCAGCAUUUCAGACUUGUAUAACAUGGUCAACACCGUCCAAUCCGACUGCAGCGACUCAAACUUGCUAGGCACCUUUUCUGAGAACCACGACAACCCGCGAUUCGCAAGCUACACCUCGGACUUCUCACUAGCCAAAAAUGUGCUUGCUUUCACACUCUUGUCAGACGGUAUUCCCAUUAUUUAUGCUGGUCAGGAACAGCAUUACAAUGGUGGCAGUGAUCCUAAUAACCGUGAAGCGACUUGGUUGAGUGGGUUCGAUACUUCUGCUGAGCUUUAUCAAUGGGUUGCGCAAAUGAACAAAAUCCGAAACUUUGUUAUUAAACAGGACACUGGAUACACUACUUACAAGUCCUCCCCAAUCUACCAAGAUAGCAACAAUAUCGCCCUCCGCAAAGGCAGCACCGGAAGCCAGGUCGUCACCGUGUUCUCAAACUCUGGCUCAAGCGCCGGUUCCUACAGCUUGAAAAUCUCCGGAACAGGUUUUAACGCUGGGCAGGUGAUUACCGAGUUGAUCACUUGCACAAACGUUACUGUUAGCGACUCUGGUGAUAUCUCCGUUCCGAUGGCCGGCGGAUUGACCAGCGUGUUGUACCCUGCUUCUAAGCUCGUUGGGGAUGGACAUCCUUGUUAG